GCAGACUGAAAAGAUAGUUUUAAAAGGAAGUUCAUAAGAAAAUAAGGCUACUUGCUAAGUUGCUAAAGAGAGACACACACAGACAAGAUAGACUCAGAAUUCAAAAUUCACAAGGAGAAGGGGAAGAAACAGAACAGAACCAACCAUCCCUACUCUCUCUCUCCUCUUCCCUUGGAACAAUUUCUAUCUCCAUGCGUUAUUGAACGCAGUGAAGCAAAAGCAAAAGCACAACAACAACAAUGAAGCUUCUUCUUCUUCUUCUUGUUCAAGUUUUGCUUUUGCUGCUUGUACAGCCAACUCCCAUUUGUGUUGGCGCCACACCGACUGGCCCUUUUCUUUCCUCCAUAUCCGCUCCUCCCUCCUCGCACAUUUCUCCAAUUGCUUCAUCAAUGGCUACUUUCACUCCAGGAAUUGAAGAAGGAAGUGAAAGGCAUCAAAUUGGUUCACAUAGGACAAUGCUAAUUGCACUCAUUGUUACCUGCACUGCACUUGGUGUAGUUCUUUUAUCACUGUUGUGCUUGUGGAUUUACCACAAAAAAUUUCCACACAAAUCCCCUAAGAAAAGUUCUCAGAGCAACUCAGAUGCCGAGAAGGGGCUUGCAUUGGGUCCAUUUGUGGGUAAAUUCAAUUCCACAAGGAUGGUUUCUAAGAAAGGAUCUGUUCCAGUAAUUGAAUAUAAGGGACUGGAAAAAGGCACCAACGAUUUUCAUGAAAGUAAUAUUAUUGGUGAGGGUGGAUUCGGAUGCGUUUAUAAAGCUUGGUUGGAUAAUAAUUUGCUUGUUGCAGUCAAGAAACUAGACUGUGCAAGUCAGGAUGCUGAGAGAGAAUAUGAGAAUGAGGUGGAGUUGUUGCAUAAAAUUCAGCAUCCAAAUAUAAUUACCUUUUUGGGUUGUAGUAUUAAUGGUGACUCAAGGUUCAUCGUUUACGAACUGAUGCAUAAUGGAUCUGUGGAAAGUCAAUUGCAUGGACACUCUCAUGGUUCCGUAUUAACAUGGCCUAUGCGAAUGAAAAUCGCUCUGGAUGCAGCAAGAGGGCUAGAAUAUCUACACGAGUAUUGCAACCCUCCAGUGAUCCAUAGAGAGCUGAAAACAUCUAAUAUUCUUUUAGAUGCCAACUUCAAUGCCAAGCUUUCAGAUUUUGGUCUUGCCGUGGCUGACAGGGCCAAAAACAGUAAGAAUGUCAAGCUCUCUGGGACCUUGGGUUAUGUUGCUCCAGAGUAUCUUUUAGAUGGUAAAUUGACGGAUAAGAGUGAUGUCUAUGCUUUUGGAGUUGUGCUUCUGGAGCUUCUACUAGGAAGAAGGCCUGUUGAAAAACUGGCACCAACUCAGUGCCAAUCUAUAGUCACAUGGGCCAUGCCUCAGCUCACUGACAGAUCAAAGCUUCCAAACAUUGUGGAUCCUGUGAUCAAAGAUUCCAUGGAUUUGAAGCACUUAUACCAGGUUGCUGCUGUCGCUGUGUUAUGUGUGCAACCGGAACCAAGUUACCGCCCUCUGAUAACAGAUGUUUUACAUUCUCUUGUCCCUCUUGUACCGGUGGAGCUUGGAGGGACACUAAGAGUUACCCAACCUGGACCUCCAGGAAGCGCCCCAGUUUCUCCUGGUCAUUGAUGCACAAGAAAUGCUUCAUGAUGCUUCUGCAACAUUUCGGUUCCCACUGCUCUAAUCACUGCUCCAAAUGGCACAUUGAUUUGCAUUUGCUCACAAAUGUUUUGCUGGGAAGUUAAUGCCUUAGGUUAUUGCGGUGGAUAAUUUUUCACAUCUGUAAAUUGAAUGAAUUUGGUUUAAGAUACUUGUGUAUAUGAGGCGUAUUCGUCCAAGACACUAGCUAAUUUCAUUUUUGACCCUUUUGUUUUCAGUGUAAAAAUCAGCUAAUUUUCUGAUGAAGUAAAAUUGUUAAGGAAAGCAUCAAUUAUUACCA